AUGUCCGUAACAACAACCACAAACCCAACAACUUACACCCUCGCCGCCACCCUCGCAGACUACGAUCUCCACCACACCACCACAGAAGGCGGUCAUCACGAUGCCAGUCUAAAUGCGCAUCCCAAUCCCGCAGCGAAUGCGCAGCAGCAGCAAAACCCAAGUCAUUGGCCUACGCAGCAUCGCAGGGUGCCUGUGUAUAGGCCUGUAAACAGGGAGUUGGAUCAGAGUGAGCGGAGGGUGUAUUUGAAUGGGAUUGAGCAGGCGUUUGUGGGGGUGAUGUUCACGGGUGUGUUUUUGGAGUCGACAAUGUCGAAGAUUUGGAGGAAUUCUUUUGGACGGGUAUGGAAUGUUGGGUAUAAACUUGGUGGAGAGUGGUGA